GAAACCGGUGCCUAUUUGUGUGCGAACCUUACGCCGAACCACCACCGACCGAGGAACGCGCGUCCGCCGCGAAUGCAUCGCGCAAGUGAAACGCAAGUGUGUAUGUUCUUUUUCCUGUUCCCUUCUUCGGUCGCCAGCGAAGUACUGCGCGGCGUCCAGUCCAGUGACUAAAGGUGAAUCUGCAUGCAACAAACAGCAUUAGCAGUCGGUAACAGUGCUAAACAACAAAAAAUUGAGUGAAAAACGAAAACAACCCCAAACUCGGUGGUGCUCUGAAAUUUCAAAAAAAAGGUGCAAAGUGGAGGUUGUGUUGCUUUGCGGCAAACGAGAAAUUACGCCAAGAUCGCUAAGAUACGCCAACGCAGAGAGAGGCCGUACAUGCUUAACGCGUGGCAAACAGUGCACCAAAACCGAUCGAUGCAAACAGUGCAUUUUUAUCUCUGCCACGGUUGCCAUUUUUUUUCAAGUGUUCGGCCACGUGCGGUCAGUGAGGGUCGGCGCAAACGGUGCGGCGAACAUACAUCGUUCGGCAAUUCGGGUUUGCAAAGCGCAGUGUAUAGUGAGAAAAAUAUAUUUUAAUCUCAAAGCCCACGAGCUGCUACAGCUUACCAAGUUGCGGAGUGCAAUAAUAGUUUUUGCGUGCAAAAAGUGCCGUUCGCGUGAAGUGGCCCGCAACUGCGUCUUAGAAGCUUGUGAGAAAAAAGAAGCUUGUGAUUAUAACGAUUGCUUAGAAUUAGCUCCCAAGUGUGUUCCUGUGACACGGCAGCAGCAAGUUUCCCGGUUCCAGGCCAGUAACUCCACCAACCCCACACAAAAAAAAACACGAAACACGUCGUCGUAAAAUAUAUCGUCCGUUCCUGCCGCUGUACAGAGUGCCCGUUGCGGAAGAAGAUGUAGCUAGCUAGUCGGGAUGAUGGAGCAGAACAUUUUCGACGUAUCGGAUGACAUUUCCUUCCCGUGGCUGCCGGCGUACGGCGAGGCAACGGAAGCGAACCCCCUGAACGCGACCAGCAGCCGCAUGCUGGAGACGAUCGUCGAGGAAACGUCCGACGAUGACGAUGGGCGCGGCGACAAGGACCAGGGCGGUUCGCAGCAACCGCUCAGCUGGUCCCAGUACGAUCAGGUCUGGAGUUCGGGCGGCUCGGACGCGGAGUCGGUGAUACGGGUCGAAACGCCUUCCGAUCAAGACACAAUGUCGGAGCGCGACUUCAUCUGCCCACCGAAGCGUCGGAAGCAGGAGACGGCAUCGUUCGGCGACGAGUUCCUCGCUUCCGAUCUGUCCGCCAUGUACGGGCGGCGGCCGCGCAUCUGCGAACCGGACGGGCUCGAGCCGAAUGAAUAUUUCAUGAAGCGACACAAUGAACAAAGGUUACGAUUCGACGAGAUUGGACAUGAUCUAUUUACCGACUCGGAUAGUCUGUCGUACGCGUCGCUAAGCCGCUCCUCGUCGCUGAUCCAGUUCGAAUCGCUGGAACGCCAGCUGCAGAGCGAAACAUCGGCAAACCAGCACCAUCCCCUAUCCGGCUCGUCCCCUUCGCUGUACACGUCCGAAUCGAGCGGCCCGGCCAGCCAUGCAGCAGGCGGGGUGGACCCAACCGGGCGAGGAAAAUCGUUGCCACCCGCCAUCGGCGCAGGGGUGCCGGUGCUGUCGGCAGCGGUCGGCAGCAAUCUGCUAACGACGUCGAACCUCAUGCAGAAGAGCAUCGGCCAGACGGCACUCAACAUCAGCGACUCGGAGCUCUACUCGACCUCCUCCAGCGUGAGCAGCAGCUGUGGCAGCGGCCCGGACAGCAGCAGUAACGCGAGCACCAGCACGGGCAGCAGUAGUAGUAGCAGCAGUGGCUUCCGCUACACGGACACGAACCGGGCGGGUGUAGUGAAGCAGGAACAGACUGGGCGCGGUGCUGGUGGUGGUGCGACCACACCGGAAGACGCCGGCGACACCGAGGAGGAGCUGCUGAGCGCCACCGUCCGGUGCCAUUCGGGCCGUUGCUCGGCGGAGCGGCAGCGACUGCAGCACGGCAGCCGCGGCAUUGCCGCCCGCAACAAGAACUCGAUCGAGAGCCUCAGCGAGGACAGCGGGUACUGUGAUCAUCUGCAGCACGGCGGAGGCAGCAUGAACAGUGGUCUGCGCGCACGCUCCAAAAGCUUGACCAACUUCGGUUCGGCCGAGAACAUCACGUUCGUGUGCGGCACUGCCGGUGGUGGUGCACUGUUUCCGUCAACACUGUUGCCGGCGGGAGCGCUGUCGAUGACGCAGCAGCAACACGAACAGCAGCAACCGCUCAGCCUGGACUGUAUUGCGAUGGAGGUACGUGGCCAGGCCGGCACGUCGCUGUACCACGAGAACCGCCUGUCGACGGUCUGUGACGUGGAUGAGGAGGAGGAGGAGGAGGAGGAGCAGUACGAAUCCAAGUGUGACGAUGGAUGCAGCGCGGAUGCCAACUGCAUCAUCGGCCCCUCACGAACACCGGCAACAAUCGAACGGCAGCAGCAGCAGCAGCAGCAACACCAACUGUGGACGAAUAUUAAUAAUGGUACAAAAAUAGAGCGUGGCAGCGUUUCGUGUAAACAACGGACGGGCGAAUCGCGUCAGCAGCAGGGUGGUGUGGAGUCGGCCACACGUACGGUGACAUCGAUGGCGUCGUCGUCGUCGUCGCGUUCGGAGUGUAAAAAUAGCACCCGAUGGCGACCGGCACUGUCCCUCAGUGCGCCCGAUCUGCUCGUCGGGGCGGCGGAACGGCACCGGCGGCGACCAGGGCGAUCGGGCAGCGAGCGGACCGGCACCUCGGCUGCGUCCGGCACGGCUGGCGGCCUGUACGAUCCGAUCAGUUUUACCGUGUCCAGCGUGCCCGAGUGUUUGCAUCUGUACGGCGGUGCGGCAGCAGCGAAUCGAUCGCGUCACGGCUCGUACAGUGACGGUGACAGCGCUUCCGGUGAGUUUGGCCGGCGGCACGCGCCCAGCAGCUACGGGUACGUCGAUUCGGUCGCCAGUCAGAACGUGAAUCUGUACGAUCUGCAACCGCGGCCGGCCAAGGGCGGCAAAACGGUAACGUUCCAAACCGGCGCUGGCAGUAGCCCGGCCCGGCCGAGGCAAAACAUACGGGCGAGCUACGCCAACCUUACCGCCCUCAACUACAGCGACGAGGACGAGGAGGACGGCCCAGUGUACGGCGGGCGCCGGGGGCAUGAGUACUAUCUGAGCCGCAACACGUUCCGGACGAGCAGCGGCACAAGACUCGGCGGGGCCAGCCGCACCACGACGGCGUACCAGCCGAUUGUACCGCAGCGCACGACGACGCUGCUAACCGUGCCCGAUAUGGAGCACCGACAGCCGGUGGAGAAGAUGGAUGCGGCGGUGUUGGAGGAGGAAGCGGAGGAGGAGCAGGAUCUUGCGGACGAUGAGGAAAGUGCGAUCUUCCCGGUGGAUCGGGACGAGCGGAGCGUGUUCCACUCGCUGCUGGAGGAGAUGUCGGCCCACUUUGACCGCAAUCUGUCCAUCAUCAACGAUCAGGCCGAGGCGUACGAGCCGAUCGCGGCCUUCCUGCACGAGCAGCGCACCACGGGCAGCUGUGGCGGGUCGCGACCACCUCCAGUCGUCGCGUCACCCAGCGUCGGCAAAACACCUCCGCAAGCUCCGCCGCGUCGAACGCAGAUCAAAACGAACCCACACCAUGCACCGCAGCAGGCCGGCAGCAGCAGCAGUCCGGCCGUGGUCCCAGCAGCAAGGCCGGUUGCGACGAACCCCGGCGUGACAGCGAGGCGACGAACGUUCGACCAGGACCCGACCAAUUUGGUCACCUGCUACGCCGCCAGCCUCGAGCGCUGUACGUUCGAUCCGACGGAAUCGUCCACCACCAGCCUCGGCCCGUCGGCGGCUGAUCUGCAUACUAAUGAUGGUGUUGGUGUUGCGCUACCCGCCCGCUACGUGCCAGUUCCGGUGAAGCGUGAGUUUGUGGCCAGCACACCGAACCUGCACUACUACCACGGGGCGGUGAAUGGUGCGGAGGCUGGGGAAGAGACUCGCCAUCCCGAUCAUCACAACUCGCUGCGCAAUGUUUCGACCUGCCGGUCGACGGGAAGCAUUUUGGCGACGGCGUCCAGCUCGCGCUGUGGCCUGUCCAAAGGUGUUAGCUUCUGUCCGAUCGUUUCGGAGAUUAUCUGGAAGAGCACGGGCAGCUCCGAUCUGGAGCCGGACGAUAAUGGCAGCGUCAUCUCGAACCAGGACUUUGAGAUCGAUAUCGAUGAGGAUGAUUUCGAGGCGGACGAUAUGGAUCACGUGAACUAUCAGUUGGAAACGGGUGCCGGUUUGCAGCGAAAUGGUGUGCCAGAGCGGGAGCACACGAAAAGUGAUGGGCAGCUGUACCCUUCGACGCCCCUGCAGUCUAGGAAUAAGAGUGAAGGUGAACUGUAUGCGAUGAUCCGGGAAGAGGAGGUCAGUGGUGUGCAGCAUCCAACAACGACGCUGAUCGUGAACGAUCGGCCAGAACCGACGGUGCGACUGAACGGUGGUAGUGUUGGUGGUGCGGGUGUCGUUCCGAUGACCCCGAGUGAUAUAUCCAGUGCCGGCCAGCCGGCCCGGUUCAGUGCGAUGAGUGGCGGUGCCGGUGUAGUGGCGGUGGAAGAAGAGCGCAGAAAUGGCGCCGGCCCCCAGCCCAACAGUGCAAACGGCAAUGGUGCAAUGGCGAGCCGAAGCCUGAUCGCCAGUGAGAUGCGUUUAGUGAACAGUGUCGGUGACGGCGUGGGGGUCAAGGGUGGGUCCGCGGCCACGAUGCCCAACCAGUACAGUGUGAACAUGACCAACAACAACAACAACAACAACAGCAGCCUGAUAAAGAACUUCAAAAAUGGCAAGGCGGAAAAGAAGGGCAAAACCUUCCUGUCCCGCAUCUCGUCCGGCUUUCGGUUUUCCUUCCGCAACAAAUCGAAGAAAGCGAUGGCUGUCGGUGGUGCUGGUGCUGGUGCUGGUGGUGGUAUGCUGAAGCAAUCGUCCAGCUUUACUGCACCGAGCAACAACAACAACAACAACAACAACCACAUCAGCGCAAAGAAUGGCCGGGGCGGCGGAUCGGCCUCGAACAGUGGGAAGGAGAACGUGUCGGCCGACUUUAUCUUCAUCCCGCUGAAGGAUCGCCGCCCGAACAGCCAGCCGAGGGCGGACGAGCCGCCCACCUAUCUGCAGCGCCAGCUAGGUGCGGCCGGCGUGACGGUGGACGACAGCUUCACCGGGGCGGAGGACGAGCCGGACGAUUGCGAGAUAGCGGUGACGCGGCCGGGCGGCAGCAGCUACUACCGAUCGGGCUCCAGCACCGCCCUGCACGGGGAGGGCAGCGGUCCGGAGCAGCACCGGGGUGGCAACCACGUGUUGAGCAGCAAGCCGCCGCUACCGAAGCAACCGCCGCGCGUUGUCGGUGUGUGUGCGAAGCGGUCCAGCGCCUCGCCGGCCAAGCACGCACAUGCGCCGCGCGGCUCGCCGACGCCACCGCCGAGGGAAGCCGAACAGGACGAGCUCGACUCGUCCGCCGUGCCGUACGGAGCCCAGCGCCGGAGCCCAUCGCAGCCGCCUCAGUACGCGACGGCGAACGGUUCGUACGGGUGUGCCUCCUCCGCGUCGUACUACCGGGACGGUCCGGACACGGUCAGCAUCGACGGCGGGUACGAGGACGAGUACUACUACGGGGCGGGCGGCGGUGCGGGGCUGGUGCACCAGCGCGGCAGCACCAUGGGCAGCGAGCAGAAGAUCGGUCUCAUCGAGACGAACCUGGACACGCACGAGACCAUCAUCUCGGGCAAGACGCGCUCGCUGAUGGAGCUGGGCGGUGGUCAGCACUAUCGGGGCGUCUACCAUCACCUGCAGCAGCAUCAGCACCAGCAGCCGCAUCACCACCACCACCAGAACCAGUCGGCGGUGCACGGCCAUCAGCUGCAGGUGCACAACGAUCCGGCCCAACCGAAUGGCGCACCGGAUCACCACAGCCAUCAUCACAGACAGCCGGGCGGUGGCGAUGGGCCCGGCCGUCCCCACAAGAGCAUGGAGUUCCUGCUGGACAAGGAGAACCAACGGAACGUUCUGCCGCCGGAAAAUGAGCUACAGAAGUCACACGAAACGGGCACCAACCUGAGCGAGCAUCAGCUGCGCGUGCAGGCCUCCCUGCAGCGGCUGAACAUCCCCGACUGGUACAAGCAAUACUCGGGCAAGGAUGGUCCGGGCAACGCGACGCCGGCCGGACCGAUCACGGCCGCCGGUACCGCCGGCGCAAGCACCGGCACCGGCGGCGGCGGCAUACUGCGCAAGCGCAACAGCGACGUCGGACGGUGGACCGGGCUGAGCUCGAAGACCACUUCGCUCAGCUCGCUCGGAUCGCACCGGUCGGACCGUAGUCCAGUGAUGCUGAGCCCCUCCGCACACAGCCACCACGGUCAGACCGGCUUCUCCCGAUGGUCCACGUCCCACCUGAACUCGAACCAGACGUCCCCGAGCGUGUCGACGCGCGGCUCGUUCACCCGGGGCGGCCUGAACGCGAGCGUCAUCUCCGGCUACUCGACCGCGUCCGCCGCGACCGGUGCGAACCACGGCAACGGCAGCAGCACGAUCCGGAACUCCUUCCGCCAGCCGUACCUGGGUUGGCGCAGCCAGGAGAAGCUGUCGCAACCGCGCACGCCCGCGGAACGAUUGGCAUCUUCACUGCUGCAACAGCAGCAAGGCUCGAGCAAACAGAAGGACCACCAGCAGCAGCAGCAACAGUCGAAUGAGCCGAAGGGCAAGCAGCAGCAGCAGCAGCAGAAGGACGAGUCCGUCGUCACGCCGGAAAUUCAAUCCUCCAUCAUAGAAGUCACGUCAGCGAUUGUACAUUAUGUAAAUGACCAAACAAAUCGACACUCACGCAGUAGAUCGACUAGUCCAAGCCAAAGAUGUUGGCUAGAAAGUUCGUUUGUUGGUACCCGGCCCCUCGAUUCCCCCCAGACGCCGCUGAUCGAGAACAGUUCCGUUCUUGGAUCCGGUCACCAGCAGCAGCAGCAGCAGCAGCACCAGCAUCAACAGCAGCAACCGCAUACGGCCGGUGACCAUUAUCGGUUUAAUGCUGGCCGGAUGAAUGGCGUCGGGGGAGCCGGAGCGGCGGUGCCAACGUUCUCGCUACCGGCCGAGCAUCAGUCGCCCGGAUCGGCCACCCUCGAGGAUGUGCUCGCCUCGUUGCUCGGCUUGCCAGCCGAUUCACACAGGUCCUCAGCAAGUGUAGCUAAUGUCUGUCUCACACCAACAGCGCCCAACAGCAGUAACCACACGCUGCAGAUCGAACCGAUGCAGACGCGCCGCCGAAGCGAAGGUGAUGCGGCGGGCACGCGCAAGCGCAACGAUAGCGGUGGCUCGAUGGCGAUCAGCAGCACCGCCACCACCACGACGACAACGAGCGGCAGUACCAACCAGAGCGGCCGGCACAACCACCAUCACCAGCAGCAACAGCAAGGGCAGCCACAACCAGCGUCCAAGGGCGAUCUGCUCGGGGCCGGACUGGACGCACGGAUCGCCCGGCGCGUGUCGCUCGACUCGGCGGAGGCGGCCGGCCACGGGCACUACCUCAAGUGCCGGUACCCGCGGUGCGACGCCACCGCCACCCUCGCCGAGGCCCGCAAAACCUUCAAGAGCUGCCACAACUGUUCCCAUCUGUACUGCUCGCGCGAGUGCCGCCGGGCGCACUGGGAGCGGCACCGGAAGGCCUGCCUGCACUCGCGGGUGUCCGCCCUGUGCCGGCUGGUGCUGUCCACGUGCAAGGACGACGCGGACACGCUCCGCCACCUGAGCGUGCUCGCGCGCCGGGGCUACUUGUCGCAGGGGCGAGGUGUUGUUAGAAUACUGUUCCGCAGCCCGGAGCGGGCCGACUCGUUCAUCAAGCAGGGCUUCCAGUGCCUGGGCGAGGUGUCGUACGUGCGCUGGCCGGACCUGCUGCCGGCCGAGAUGGGACCGGAGCUGUACUCGGAGCUGCUGAAGCUCAGCACCGAGUACAAGCCCGACUCGAAGAUGCUGCUCUACGUCGCGAUCUGCGUGGUGUCGGAGGCGCCCGGCAGCGCGACGGCCCCGGUCAAAUGGGAGCGGCAGCUGGUGUCGCGGUGCGCGAAGCUGAAGCUGUGCCGCACGGUCGUGAGCGAGAUCGUGAGCGGACCGGGGGCUGGGGAGCGGCCGGGCCCGCGCCCCGAUACGGUCGGCGAUGUGCUCGUGCUGUCGUUCAACAUCCUGUCCAAGACGACGCAGCGGGCCCGGGAGCAGGUGUCGCAGAACGUGCAGACGGUCCUGCGCCAGCGGGGCGUCAAUCUGCGCAAACACUACCCGGAGGUGUACCAGCGGCUGGCCACCUUUGUGGAGGGCAGCACCGAUCGCUUCCUGCCGGUGACGCUGCACCCCCGGGACACCGCUACCGGGCGGUCGUUCGUGUGCAUCGUCAUGCCGAACUACGGCGACACGGAGCGGGUCCAGUUUCCGGUGUCGGAAAACGGGGACGAUCGGGUCGUGACGGUGGACGUCGGGGCGGAUCUGGGGGACGAUCUUACCAGCAAGCUUUAAUGCAGGAGGGUGUGGGAAUGUUCUCUCCAGGGUGGGGAAGAAUAUGUGAGUAAAGUGUUUUAAUUUCGUUACCCAUUAACACAUACAGGUAAGAGUGCUGCCGAGGGCGCACGCAUGGUUGAAUAUUCAAUUUUAGUACACUUUUUAGUACAUCUCCUAGUAUACGUUGGUGUACACAGAGAGACGCAGACACACAAACAUAUCCUUAGUAUGUCCAAGAGGAGUGAGCUGGUAGAUUCGUGCAGCCUCUUGGAUGAGAAGUUGUCGUUACCAAUAUUCAGUUUAGUCCUCUACAGUGCUCCUCGUUCGUGGGAAAGCAAUAGGAGGCGUUUGGUUUAUAACGAACACUUCCAGGAUUGCAAUAUGCUAUGGUUAGUGCGUAUUAUGUUUGUUGGGCUUUGUUUACACAACGGUAGAGCAGACAAAUGAUGCUCGAUGAGUAAGCUCUCGCUGCGUUAAACAGCUAGAAUAAAUCCCCAAAACACCCCUUUAGAUAGUAGAACAAAAUACCAAAAGUGAAUAGUAUUAGUACAUAGUAAUCUUCCUCUCUUUACUAAACGCCAAAUAAUAACACACCACGUACGACUUUUAUACCCGUAGCAGGAGCAUUAGGAUAUUGACAUGAGCUUCUGUAGCUUAAAUGAAUAUUGCCCUCAAAGAACUACUUUAGUACACUAAUUGUACUUAACUCCAACAAAAACUCCAACUAAAUCUGAAACAAUAAUUCCCAUUUUCUUCUUCCGCUUAAGUGAGCCAUCUAAUCUGCCAAGUCUGUUUUAGCUUUGCUGUUUUUUUUUUCUUUCUAAUCAUACUUGUCUCUUGUCGUUUGUUCUGUCUCUAUUGGAGCCCUUUGUGAGCAUUAGUCACUACCCUAGUUACUAAAAAAUGCUAAGGGAUAAUAGAUAUUUGAUUAAAUAAUAGUAAAAGCUACACAAAAAUAGUGUAAUUUGGACAAAAGUGGAGAGUGAAAACAAAUCAGUUUUGGGAUCAAUUUCCAAAAUGUUCAUCUACGUGUGUUCUAGUAUGAUUAGGUGAAUGGAAGUUGGAAGCAAAGAGUGUAAAGAGUGGCCAGAGUGGCAUUGUCCACCAUCUUUGGUAUUCUUUGAGCGAGCAAUAGCGAACCAAUUUAUUCAAAAUUGAUUUUUUUUUCAAUGGAGUCUUCAAUAUAUUCAAUUUUAAUUCAUUUAUACUUCUUCAAUAGAUGAGAGCGGUUCUGUAUGUUAGUUGACUCGUUUUUGGAAUACAUGGACAGCUAAGCUAUCUCUGUCAGUUUCGUUUAAGAACCUCCCAAAAGAGCGUGAAACACUGGCACGUUUUAACGUUUCAGCAUUGCUGGAUAAGCUUUUGUUAUACUAGUGACUUUCCUUUGCUGUUUGUUAAUAUCUCAAACUUGUCCUCAUCUGCUUGUUCACAGAAUCCAUAGUCGUAAGGCGUUGGAUUCUUUUUUUCCAACAUUCUGAAGUCUACGUCUAACGAAGAAAUCAAGGUUUAAAAAUCUCUAAAAUACAUAGUCUCACUUUACUCUUUUUGAUUCUUGAUAUCCACAUUACAGCCUGUCAAUUAGGCAAGAUACUUAAGAGCUUUGUCAUUGUUCACGCCUCAGAACCUUGUUUAAAACAACAGAAGUUUGAAAAUGCCACUACAAAACGUUAAUGUCUUACGUUAAAGGACAGCAAGAGUCGUUGUAUUAAGUUCGAGGUUCUCUAUCAUAAAUUGUCUUUCAAUGUUAACUUUAGGUAUUGAAAUACAGUCUUUCCCCGAGUUACGCAUAACUCGAGUUACGCGAAACUCGAGUUACGCAAAUUUUUUAUUUUGACAUUUCAUAAGUCACAUCAAUACAAUUUUCGCCAACUAUGGUCAAAUGCAAUAUAAUUUUAACUAUUGUUGAAUGUUUGAAAUCGCUAAAACCAUAGAAAUAAAUCUAAUCUUCUAUCUUCUUCUUCUAUUUAGCGUAACGUCCUACGACGACAUGCCAUGGUCCAUUGUUGGCUUGAGCCUAUGACUCCACGACGGACAUGUUAUUGAGUCGUUAGAGUUGCUGACUAUACCUCGGAAUCACCCCUAAUCUUUAAUAGGAUUCGUAUUAAAUUUGUAUUAUAUGUUUAAUUUAGUGCAUGAAAGCACUACAUGCGAUCAAAAGUAACCAUUUAUCAAUAAAUUUUUUACUGAAAAACGUAUUUCACAUACGCGAAAAUCUGAUAUAAGUCUCCGGAACGCAAUAUUCGCGUUACUCGGGGAAAUACUGUAUCCAAGAUAAGUCGUUCUGAGACAUCUAACGACUAAAGAUAUCUACACACCUUGAAUACAUCCAAAGACGAGAUAAUCAGCCUCUAACUGACUUCCUUGUUUCAUGAGGAUUAAAGAAGCAAACACCAAAGAUCUAGAUGAUUGUAUAAUAAACAGAAACAAUAUGCUACAAAAUUACUGGAACGAUCCUAUUUGACACGAUUCUGAAUUUAUACAUUGAUUUCAGACAAUCCUCUUAUUUACUCACACUGCGCAUACUACUCUCUUCAGACCUCUCUCCAGUGCGUAAGAAUCGGCUCCUGUUUGAAGUCUCUUGCAAGUCGUCUUUAGUUUGAUGUUUCAUGCUUGAUGUUAAUCUCGCCUAUUGACUUUGGCGCUACUGAAGACGUUUUGAGGCACACGAUCAAGCUCGUACAUCGGAACACUCGCAUGUAUAGAGUAGCGUCGUUUAAGGAUGCGUUUGGUUUGGUUUUGUUUUCUCUGCCCACCGUUCCCGGUUUUGCACAACCCUUCAUUAUUCUCUCGCAUUCAAAACAAACAUAAACACACUUCCCUAAACGCGAUCACUUGCUAUUCCAACAACACUUCCCGCACGGCGACCUAAGUAAGUUCCUCUUUCAUACAGAGUCCCCAAUAUCCUCCCAAGAAGGGGAAACCUCUUCAUUCAGCUUACUCUUUCCAAUCAGCCAAGUAUUUACUGUGUAUAAUGUUGUAAUGAAUCUCAUUGCACCUACGUGGUGGUGUACGGGGUGGACAACUGCCGCACCGAGUCAUGGCAUGGCGUCUCGCGGUUCAGUCGCCCAGUCGGUAAAGUGGUCACUACACUACAAGCAACCAACAACACAACGUGACCGGCGUGCUUUCGACGUGCAGCAAUGGUAUGGAUGGGAACAGUGCAGCAGCCAGCGUCCAUCGGCGAGGAAGGUAGUGUCAGUAGGGUUCGACAAGGAGACACACCAAAUAAGCCUUGUACGCCUUCGCUACAUCACCACAAAUUGACGUUUUCACUGGAGGGAACCGUUUCAGACGAGGCAAUUUCAUAGUAAUAACAUGUGAAGCGCAUUGUUCCUUACCAGAAGAAGAAAAAAACUUUGGACUCGUAUAUUCCAUUUGACAUUAGUCGUAUUAAGAACAGAGUUCAAAAUCUUUUUCUUUAGAAAGCUUUUUAAACAUGUAAAAGCUAUCAAAACAAAUAUUAUAAGUUGAAGAUCGAACCGACGGAAUAACAAAUCAAAUCACACACGCUGGACAAUAAUAUCAAAAAAGAGAUGAAAACAUUACAAACAAGCUUUUGAAACAAAUCAUUCAACUGCCAGAACAAAAUUGAACACUCUUUAUUCCCCUUCCUGACCUAAAAGCACCAUUGUGUAGCUUUCUCAUCUAUUUGAACCCUUUAAAACUAUAAACCCUGAGUUUUUAAAUCCUUAACGAGAAAAAACAAGCGAAUGAGCCUCGUGUGACUAUCUCACUAACAUAAAACUUAAGAGCAUAAAGCAGGAACAACAACACAAACCAACAAAUCUCGCUUCUGCUUCCGCGUUCCAUUCAAGCCCAAGCCAAACUAAGAUUAAGCGCACUCUAAUGCUUACACGUAAUAAACGAAGCAAACUAAGCAACGCCAAGAUGAAUGCUCUUUGACACAGAAACAGAAGGCAACCGCCAUCAUUCGCUUUGCUUACUCGCUGAAUCUGCGGCCGACCCUUAACUUUAGUCACCUUUUUUCACGUAAACAGACAACGUGGUUUGAUUUCGUGGGAAUGUGUGCGUGAAACUGUAAACUCUAUCAUCAUUAACAAGCCAAUAUUUAAUAAAUGAUAGAUGUAAACGAAAGAGAAAACUUACCAAAGGAAAUUGUGAAAUAUGCUGUGUGUUAAAAUCAAUUGUUCUGGAGAAUUUUGGAAAGGGUUCUAUAACAACUCGAAACCAUUUCCAACGUGGGCAUAUGUUUUUUUUUUAUUGUUUGUUUUAUCUUUUUCAUUUUGUUUAUUAGGUUUAUAUUCAAAUGAUAAUUUCACAAACAGCUCAGUUGAUCGAAAAACUAUUAUCUAAAAGUUUAUUUAGUUGGAACGAAAUUGAAACAAGAAUGCUGAACUAAUAAUAAUAAAUAACAAAACUCUUAAGCUAAAGUGUUCCAGGCGAAUAAUCGAUCAAAAUACAAGAAAGCAGAAAAAGAAAAGUAAGCCAAUGAACCCAAAAACAACAACCAAUGGAAUAGCGCGUACAUGUAUUUGGAUAUAUUGUAUUUUACUAUUAUGAUUAUUACUUAAUGGAUAAGCAAACGGACAAAAUAUAAUACUGUUGUUGAAAGCCCUGUAA